GGCAGCAGGAAAGACAAGGGAACGUCUGAGAGUGCAGUAGCUGGCAUCACCAGCGCCACGUGCUACUAUCACUCGUCCGAACUGGAUGCAGCCACCAUCGCCGUUGUCGGGAGGUGGGAGCCGCACGACUGCCUGCAUGCCGAAAGACGAAGAUUUCGCGAGUGGUCCUGGUGAGCGGGUCGGCAGGCAGGUGAAGACAAAGAAAGAGCCAGAGGUAGUGGACGCCGACGAUUAUGACGACGACGCCGAGGACGACGAAUGGCAGGACGAGGAGACGGCCGACGUUCGGCAGAUCCGACAGAAAACCAUGGGUGGUCGGUGUAGGAUGAGCAAGGGUUCUGCGUCGACAGCGCGACGGGGAAAAAAGGGGGCGGCUGUGGGGAGCGAGGGGGAAGGGGACGUGGAGGGCGAGGCCAAGCAGCGACCAGGCAAGGAAGAUGUUGGGGGAGAAGACGCCAUCACAAGUCGUCGGGGGAGAAGACGCCAUCGCGGCAGUCGUCGCCCUAAGUACUGCGUGCGGCCAUGCAAAGAAGACGUCGGGGGAGAAGACGCCAUCGCGGCUGGUUUGGGAGCGAUGGACAGCGGCGACACUUACGUCGGUGGGAAGCUGUCGACGACCGAGAGGACGGCAGUGGCCGCAGCUGUUACCGUGGUCCUCUUUCGUUGUCAGAUGGAGAGGAUGACGGGGCGAAUGAAAGCGCAGAUCCGUGCGAGGAGGAGGAAGGUCGCGCAGUGCACAGCAGUGGAAGGGUUGGACACCGCUGCCAUCUGUGAUGCCGUUGUUCAUGUGUGCUGCACCUUGGGUUGCGGAGCUCUUCCCGGAGCAACACCGAGGUGGUGGAUUAAAAGAAGGACGGGCAGGGCGUGGGACGAUCUGCGGCAAUGGGACAAAGCCACGGAGGACUACUUUCGGGAUAAGCUGCGCAUGUCGCCACGUGUCUUCCGAGAGAUUGCGGAAGCUCUAUCGUCGUUCCUGCAGCGGCAUGUGACAUUCUACAGGGAGCCGCUGCAGCCUGGUCAGAUCAUCACGUACGCGUUUUCUCGAUGGGCAUCGGGGGAGACGUACGAGAGCAGCACGUGUAACUUCGGCAUCGGCAGAGCAUCAGGUUUGGUGGCGGUGCGGGAUGCCACUGCGACGUUGCUAACGGUCUACCGUCACAAGAUAUUAUGGCCGACGGAGGUGCGCAAGGCGGUUCUCCUCCGUGCUUUCGCUGGCAAGGGGUUCCCCAACUGCCAUGGCUGCAUCAACUGCACACAUAUCUAUAUCGGCAAGCCGGCAAACGCCCCUGGCGAGGACUACUACGAUUGGAAAUGACGUUUCUCGAUCAUCGUGCAGGUUGUCGUCGAUCUGAACUUGUGUGUGUAUGACGUCUUCGUCAGCCAUCCUGGAAGUUGCCACGAUGUC